GUAAUUUAUUAUAUUUGUAGGGAGCUGUAUGAAAUUAACCUCCUAUGUUAUAUGUCAAUUUUUAUGUAAUAUUAGAUGCCAACUAACCUGAAAAUUUAGGUAGCUUGCUCGUAAGAUUGUGUCUGUAUACCUAAACUUAGCGCUACACUUCCCAUUUACAUAACAAAAACUUUUGCAGUAAACCGAAUUGAUUUUUGUGUUUUAUUAAAUUUAAAGAAAUAGAAAAGGCAUAGUUCCAUAUAUUUGGAUCUCUAACUUUUGGUCGAUAUCGUACAUCAGAGAUUAAAUUUUGUCAUUUUUACGUUUCAUGGAUCCACCCAAAGAAUCACUUAAAAAAUCUCACAAACGGAAGAUUUUGUACAUCUAUUAUAAUUUCAGAGGGUAUAAAAAAGAGUGAAUUAGAUGCCAGGUUCGCGCAACAGUUUCCUCUCUCACGUUGACUUAGUACCAAACUAACCUACCGCGAUGUGAUGAGUGUGUUUGGUAGGUAAAAAGGAGUGAAUUAGAAGCUGUUUCGAUACUUGAGACCGUCCUCUUCUCUCCUCUCGCAGAGUGCCAUCACCAGCACCACCACCACCACCACCAAUGGCGAUCCGCGUCCUCGAUCGUAUACCCGUUUCCCCUCCCCCGGGCUCAGUCCCCGCCACCACCCUCCCCCUCACCUUCUUCGACGCCUCGUGGCUCUUCACGGGCCCCGUCGAGCGCCUCUUCUUCUUCUCCUACCCCCACCCCACCCCACACUUCCUCUCCCACCACCUCCCCCCUCUCCUCUCCUCCCUCUCCCUCUCCCUCCGGAGCUUCUUCCCCCUCGCGGGCCGCGUCGACCGGCCCCUCUCCUCCGACCCCCCCGCCCUCUCCUUCUCCCCCUCCUCCCACUCCCUAACCCUAACCCUGGCCGAGUCCUCCGCCGACUUCGACCUCCUCUCCGGCGACUCCCCCCGCCACUUCGCCGAGCUCUACUCGCUCGUCCCCCAGCUCCCCCCAUCCAGCGGCGACGACGACGGCGACGGCGACGGCUCGAUCCCCUUGGCCGCGGUCCAGGUCACCGUGUUCCCGAGCCGCGGCAUCUGCGUCGGGCUCUCCGUCCACCACGUGGCGUGCGACGAUUCGAGCUCCAUGCACUUCGUCCGCUCCUGGGCCGCCGCAUGUCGGCUCGGCGGCGCAGAGCCCCCCGCUACCGCGCCGCCGUUCUACGAUCGCGGCGUAAUCGCCGAUCCUAACGGCUUGUGCUCCAAGACCCUAGCGGAGAUGCGGCAGUUGGCGGCCAAUGGGCCGCCGCCGCCUCCUCCCGAAAAGCCCCCCCUGCUCAUCGCUUCCUUCUCCCUCGGUCGAGACUGGAUCGAACAGCUUAAACAGCGGGUAACGGCGAAAGCAGCUGAGAACGGCUUAGCUAUCCACAGUUCAACUUUUGUUGCGGCGUGCGCAUUCGCUUGGAUCUGCUUGAUCAAGUCUCAGAGAGGAUUCGCCGACAAGAAGAGCGCCCAUCUCUUGUUCUCUGUGGAGUGCAGGAGCCGCUUAAAUCCCCCGAUUCCAGAAGAGUACUUUGGGAAUUGCUUGAGGCCUUGCUUCGUAGAGGCGAAAAUGGCCGAUCUUGUUGAGAAAGAUGGGGUUUUGGCUGCGGCAAUGGCUAUUGGGAGGGCAAUUAAAGGGUUGGAGAAUGGGGUUUUGGAAGGAGCAGAGGGGUGGAUGCAGAAGAUUUUGUCCAUACUGCCGGAGGGACCCAUGUCGGUUGCUGGGUCACCGAGGUUUCAGGUUUAUGGUACAGAUUUCGGGUGGGGGAGGCCGAAGAAGGUCGAUUUGCCUUCGAUAGAGAAAACCCCGGGUACUGUGUCUCUUGCGGAGAGCAGCGAUGAACAAGGCGGGGUUGAGAUUGGGCUGGUGCUUCCCAAGGAUGAGAUGGAUGCUUUUCAAUCUUGCUUCUACGAUGAGCUGAAGCUCUUUUGAAGAGAAAUUGGUUUCUUCAUAUGAAACUCUGGCUCUAGAUGUUGUUUUGUUCAAAAAUAGCCAACAUGAUAUCUAGCUUCGGGGGGUUAUGAUUCAAGCAGAUUACAGAAGCGAGGAAGAGAGCUACUUCAUUCUUGCUUUUAGAAUCGUUGAACUUUGUAUUUUGUUGCACAGAGUUGUUACGACAGACUGCCUUGAGGGGCAUGAUAAAUCAGUAUUUUCUAUUACUGUUUAAUGUGUUUUUUUCAAGUGUAAUCCUGCUUCCCUGUUAUAAUUACGCAAUAUGGUUCUUUGUAGUUCCAUAACAUCUGUAGAACAGUUAAAGUUUAGAACUGUUGUGCCGCAAAGAAGGAAGCUUUGUAAAUAUUCAUCUAUCUUCAUCA